AUGGAAGCAGAUUACUCUGCUCUUGUCAUCGAUAAUGGCUCUGGAAUGUGCAAAGCCGGCUUUGCUGGUGAUGAUGCUCCUCGAGCUGUGUUCCCUUCUAUUGUCGGGCGUCCUCGACAUCAAGGGAUAAUGAUAGGAAUGGGCCAGAAAGACUCCUACGUGGGAGACGAAGCCGAAUCCAAGCGUGGCGUUCUCUCUUUGAGGUAUCCUAUUGAACACGGAGUUGUGACUAACUGGGAUGAUAUGGAAAAGAUCUGGCACCAUACAUACUACAAUGAGCUCCGCGUGGCCCCGGAGGAACAUCCAGUGCUUCUAACAGAAGCUCCAAUGAACCCCAAAUCCAACCGAGAAAAGAUGAUCCAGACCAUCUUCGAAACUUUCAAUGCUCCUGCAUUUUAUGUUGCUAUCCAAGCCGUUCUAUCUCUAUACGCUUCUGGCCGGACAACCGGUAUUGUUCUCGAUUCCGGCGAUGGUGUCACGCAUGUGGUCCCAAUAUAUGAGGGCUUCGCCAUGCCCCAUGCCAUUUGCCGUGUCGACAUGGCUGGUCGUGAUUUAACCGGCUAUAUGACGAGAAUCUUGUCGGAGCGAGGCUAUAGCUUUACCACCACUGCUGAGCGUGAGAUUGUCCGCGAUAUUAAAGAGAAACUCUGCUUUGUGACGCUUGACUUUGAGCAAGAGCUUGAAAACGCCGCCCAGAGCUCUAGUGUGGAGAAGAACUAUGAGCUCCCGGAUGGACAGGUUAUUACUAUUGGUAAUGAGCGGUUCCGUGCACCAGAGGCUCUAUUUCAGCCUGGUGUGCUUGGUCUGGAAAAUACUGGUAUUCAUCUCACGGCUUUCAAUUCGAUCAUGAGAUGCGAUGUCGAUGUUCGCAAGGAGCUCUAUGGAAACAUAGUUCUGUCUGGUGGCACAACUCUUUACCCUGGAAUCUCGGACCGAAUGCACAAAGAAAUCAUUGCACUUGCUCCGUCUACGAUGAAAGUCAAGGUCAUCGCUCCCCCCGAGCGCAAAUACUCGCCUUGGAUAGGAGGCUCGAUUCUCGCAUCACUCUCUACUUUCCAGCAAAUGUGGGUAUCUAAGCAGGAAUAUGAUGAAGCCGGUCCUUCUCUCGUGCACCGGAAGUGCUUCUAG